UCACUCAACGCACGAGGCUGCCGUUUCUCUGAAGUAUGACGGUUUCAAUGUUUUCUCCAGUGAACUAGUGAAGUGAUGGACGAUUGUCUGAAACGCCUUGAAAGGCGCUUCUUGAACAUGUAUCCACUUAAGUUACUUUCACCUGAUGUUGAUGCGAUCAUAGAAAAAGCCAGUGAGAUGGGUUCUGAUUGGCAGAAGGAUAUUAUUAACAGUACGGUGAAACAUCCACUUAAUAUGAAGCACGAGAUUGACCUGAAAUAUGAACACGCGUUCCUCAAGCUGGUUAUAUCGAGGCUGGAAAGUGAAGGGAUAGAAGUCUGUGAUGAACUGUAUGAAAAUCUUUGUAAUCUUCUGUCUUACCAAAAGGAACAAGACACUGUCUUUAAACAUUACAUAUUGGAUGAUACUUCCAGUACCUGCAUUAGUCUGAAAGAGAGCAGAAAUAUAAUUUCUCAAGGAACAACUGGUCUGCACAGCUGGCAGGCUGCACAAGCUCUUGCAGAUUGGUGUCUCAGUCAUUCAGAAGAACUACGUGAUAAAGAAGUACUGGAACUUGGAAGUGGAGUGGGCCUCACUGGAAUAACAACAGUUUUGUGUUGCGAACUGCAGAGUUACAGUUUUUCUGACUGCCAUGCAGCUGUUCUGAGCACUUUGUGUGAAAAUGUUUUGCUGAAUUUAAGUACUCCGAACGAAAAAGACUGCCACAGGUUUGUGGAUAAUGUCACAAAAACAACGGAAAAUACAUUGCUCAGAAUUAAGCAUAAAAAUACUGAUGUUGCAGUCAUGAAUCUCCCAUGGGCAGAUGUCACUAAAAAUACAGUACCAGAAGUGGAUUUUGUGCUGGCAGCAGAUGUUGUGUAUGACACAAGCACAUUUACUGAGCUUUGUCAAGCAUUAAAGAAUCUUUUACACGAUCAAAAAACAGUAGCCAUUAUUGCGUGUACUGUACGAGAUCAAAAUACACUACAGCAGUUUCUGCACAUACUUGCACAGUAUGAGAUCAAAAUAGUACAGAUAGAUGUUCCUUCUAGUAGGCCUACCCACUUUUUGCUGCCUCAAGAUGUGUUGGUGAAUAUCUACAGACUCCAAAGCUCAGGCCAGUAGACACAUAAUUGAGAACAGGGAAUUGUUUCGUGGAAGAGACAUUAGAAGCUGUGAUGCAGGCUGCAACACUUACCUGUAUUCAAACUGUGUUCAUGUGGGUUAUGAUGAUAGCAAAUAUUAAAAUGUGUUUCUAUGGACUGUGAAA